ACAAGUUGCUUACGUCUCUCUCUCUCUCUCCCUCUCUCUCUCUCUCUCCGCGGGCGGGGUGUACGCAGUCGCGCUGAGGACAUACACACACAGACACACACACGUUAGCUACGUGCGCGUGGAAAAAAAAAUUGUUCCUGUGACGCCAGGCCGCGCGCGCGCGCUCAGUGUCUCCUCCACACCGCUGUCCAAUUCUAAUGCGAGUAAACUUACUUCAUCAUUAGUGGCCGAGAUCGGAUCAUCUCGCGUAUAAUCUUCCGCUAUUUAUUUCACUCGAGCCGUCAGUCUCUCUCUCUCUCUCUCUCUCUCUCUCUCCCAGUCUUCUCUGUUUCAGACAGCGACGUUCUUCGAAAGGGGACCAUGACAAGUAAUUUGAACAAAUAAGAGAAUUUACACAAGACCAGAACCAGCAAUCAUCCUUUAGCAGACACAAGAAAGAAGAACAAGUAGAGAAAAGCAAGGGGAAAGAAACAAGUGCAGGGAGAACAGGAGAAGUGUGCGAGGACAGUCGAUGGACGCUGCCCAGACCAAGGGGACAGCAGAUUCUCAUCUAGCAGGGAAAAGAAAGAUUUCAAAAUUGAGUCGAAGGAUAGAAACCUGCCGUCAGGCAUGGUGUGUGAGAAGGGGAUCCAGAUCCUUCUCACCAUUGUGGGGGCAUUCGCCUCCUUUGGCCUGAUGACGGUGGCAAUUGGGACAGAUUACUGGCUCUACUCUCGUGCUCUGAUCUGCAACAGUACAGCCAAUGUGACGCAGGAUGACCCACACAACAAGGACAAGAAAGACCCUGGAGCCCUCACACACUCGGGCCUUUGGAGGAUCUGCUGCCUUGAGGGUGUGAAACGAGGGGUGUGCUCUCAGAUCAACCACUUCCCAGAAGACGCAGACUUUGACCAUGAUGGAGCAGAGUACGUCUUGCGAGUGGUUCGGGCUUCAAAUAUCUUCCCUAUUCUUAGUGCAAUCUUGUUGCUGAUGGGGGGAGUGUGUAUUGCCGCUAGUCGCUUCUACAAGAGCAAAAGGAACAUCAUACUGGGAGCUGGCAUUCUUUUUGUAGCUGCAGGUUUGAGCAACAUCAUUGGCGUGAUUGUGUACAUCUCGGCAGCGCUAGGUGACAUCUCUCCAAAGAAGGAUGAGGAUAAAAAAUGGCAAUACUCAUAUGGAUGGUCCUUCUAUUUUGGUGGCCUUUCAUUCAUUCUGGCUGAGAUGGUAGGGGUGCUAGCUGUUAACAUCUACAUUGAAAAGAACAAAGAGCUGCGCUGCCGUUCACGCACCGACAUCUUCAAGAGCACAACACAUGCUGUGCUGCGCUUGCCUAGUUACCGCUUCCGCCGCCGCUCCUCACGGUCCAGUUCACGCUCUACCGAACCAUCAAGAGGCUCGCGGGACCCCUCACCUGCUGCUGCUGGCCCACCAGGGAGCAAAAGCUUUGGCCUGCCCCCCUCAGCACUACUUUCACAGGGGCCUGUCUCCGUUUCCACCCUGCCCAAUCCACACUCACACUCCCGCUCACACUCAGCCCUACCCGGAGGUGACAUCUCGCUCUACACCCUGUCACGAGACCCCAAACUGAGUGCACUGGGGGCUCUGGGUGCACCACCUGUGUAUGGCACAGUGGAUCGUGCCACACUCUACCAGUUGCACAACUGCUUUCCCAAAGAUAGUGGAGGAGGAGGAGCAACCAUGAUGAUGAGCGGCACACUGCCAUCUCUCAAGUCCCAUAAUCCAGCUGGAGUGCAGAAUUCAUCCAGUGGAAACUCGGCACCUUCAUCACAACCCCCGCCAUUCUCAUCCUCUACAGUGGAGAGGGAGAGAGGGAUGGGCACACUUGACAGGCUGGCCAAGCCAGAAAGCAAUUCCAACACGCUGAACAGAAAAACCACACCGGUGUAGUGAGAGACCAGAACAGAAGAGAGUGUAAAUCCUGUAUAGUGGAAGCUGAAUGAAGGUUGUGUUCAAGUUAAGAAAAGGAAAAAAAAAACUGAGAAAAUAUAUGUUCCUUCUGUCUCCCUGUCUGAAAUGCUUUUCUGUUUCACUUUAUGGAAAAUGAGUUUCAGACAAAAAUUGAACCAGUGACAAUUCAUAAUAACAACUACAACAUUCAUUUAGUUUUAUAACAUUUUUUUUAAACGUGAACUAUGAUCAUUGGAAACUGUACUGUGAAGUUUACCCUUUUUUUAUUUGUUAGAAAUUGAAGCGAGUGGUUGCCUAAGUGCAUUCCUAGAAGGUUUGUUGUUGUUGUUAUUAUGAGAAAAACAAUCUGUAGCGACUAGCUUUUUAUGUUGGAAAUGAUUUUCAAGACAUCAACUGUGAUUCCGAUACAGUGGAUACUGCAGAAGCAUGAGUGUCUAUAAUAUGUAUGAGAGAAAACAUAUUAUUAUUAUUAUUAUUAUUAUUAUUAUUAUUAUUAUUAUUAUUAUUAUUAUUAUUAUUAUUUAUUAAUAAUAUUAUUAUGAUUACAACUAGCAUAAAAACAACUUUGUAGAAAGCAUCUAAUUUAUUUUUAGAAUUGAUUUUUCUUUUCUACCAUUUGAUAACAUAAUAUUAAGUGUUUAUCCUAAAUAUUGUCUUCCAGUUAUAUCGACAAAAGAAACUAUGAAUUGAUGGACUGAAAACUGCUGACUGAGUGUUGAAAUGAAAUUUUUUUAAAUGAAUGAACCAUCCUAUCAUUAUUUUUGUUAUGAUCAUUAGUAGCUGUGAAAGUAACAGUAAUCUUUAUUUUGGGGCAUUACCAGAUUACCAGACCCCUCACUAAGACAAAG